AUGGAACAAGGCGAAUAUUUAUAUUCAGGUAAUUCAUGGUUUAAAGAACGUCUUGAUGGUCCUGAUGGACAUUUAUGGCGAAGAGCUCGAAAGAUGUUUCUAUUUAAUCAGAACUUAUCAUCAGCACUUAAUUUGUUUAAGUUUGAUUAUACAGCCAUAAAAACUAUAUCUAGACCUGAAGGCACAGUUCUUCAAGGUUCUCGUGACACAACUCUUAAUUCUAAUCAUGACAGAGAAUAUCGACCAGGUCAAGCAUGGGCAGAUGAUGCACAAAAUUCUAUUCGUACAUUACUUGAUCGAAUUGUAACUCGAUGGAUACCAAAUUAUAUGUAUGCAUCUAAAAUUAAUACUGAAAAACUUCAUCCUAGUUUAACUUCAGUACCUUUAAAAUUGGUACAAACGAUAUAUGACAAAACAAAUGAUGAUAUUGAUACAUUCAAUGUCAAUAAAGCUUUAGCAACUUAUCAGGCAUGUCUUGUUCCAUUACACUAUCAUGAAUUAUGGAGCGAGAUUGCCCGAGAUUUUAAAAAUGUUGAUAUUACCCUUAAAGAACGUGAAACAGAAAUUAGUUUUAAAUUAUUCUAUAAUAAAACAACGCUUGAUGAAGAAAAAGACAGUGCACUCAUUUUUGGAACCAAUCGAGUAACUUUUGCUGAUAAUUAUAAACCUUUAUCAAAAAAACUUGGUCUUUUUGAUCUUGUUCUGAUUACAAUCAAUAAUAUGAGAUAUUUUGGUAUGAUUAUACAUGUUGAACAAAUUAAAGUUAAAGUAGCAUGUGAAAAAGAAUGCUCAAACAACAAUCAUACGACUAAUACUAAUCACAAUGAACUUGAAUUUGAAUUACAAACAACAAUUGGUGUUUAUGUUUCAAGUGCAUGUUCCGAUGCUAUCGAACAAUAUGGUAAACAAAAUAAAGAUGAUAAGGUAUCAGUAUGUAAAUUAAGUAAUAUAUCAUCAUCAAGACGUAUGAUCAGUGCUAUAAAUAAUAUACAAGAAUGGCCUCAAUAUCGUAGUUUACUUAAACCUAUGAUUGAUGAUAUAUACUUUCAAUUACCUACAGAUUGUGAUCUUUUAAAUAUAACUCCUACAAAUGGAUUCAAUAUGGCUCAAUCAAAGAUAAUUGCUAUUGCGGAAUGUAUGUUUGAUGAUAUUCAAGAGCACUUACAUCUCGUACACGGUCCUCCUGGUACGGGGAAAAGUCGAACAAUCGCAGGUAUUGUAUUGAAACUGCUAUCUAAGUUACCAGAAUCAGGACGUAAACAAAAAAUUCUUCUUUGUGCACCAUCAAAUAAUGCAUGUGAUGAAUUAUCCCGACGUAUUCUUGAUGAGUUUGUUAAUCAAAAUAUUCUCUACAAACAUGGCACUCUAGUUCGCAUUGGAUGCCAACCGCCUGAUGAUUAUCAUCUAUGUGAUCAUUUUUUAGACUUUAUGAUUCUUCAAGAUAUGGUAAAUGCUUUAAAAAUAGAGCAAAGACUAAAUACUAAUCUUGCUAAAGAAACAGAAGCACGUAUUGUAAGACAUGCCAAAAUAGUUGUUUCAACAUUGAACUAUUGUGGAAGUACAAGACUACUUCCAUUGAAGUCAUCUACUGUAUUUGUCAUUAUUGAUGAAGCAAGUCAAAGUUUGGAAGCUGACUUUCUUCUACCACUUCGAUUUAAAUGUGCCAAACUUAUGCUGGUUGGUGAUCCUUUACAACUUCCUCCAUGUGUACUCAGUGACGCUGGAACUACUUAUGGUUUAUCUCAAUCACUCUAUGCACGUUUGUAUUCUAUUUUUGAAAAACACUCAGAUGGUCCAAUAAGUAUGCUCGAUAUUCAAUAUCGAAUGCAUCCAAGCAUAUGUCGAUUUCCAAGCGAAUACUUUUAUACCAAUCGUUUAUUAACAGAUGAUUCCGUAAUCAGAAGAAUGAUGCAUUUUACUCUCCAGCCAUUGUAUUUAUACAAUAUGACUAAAUCACCACAUAGCGCUGAUAGUGCUAGUUCAUCGUUUAAUGCAGGUGAAGCUAGAUGUAUACAGCAUAUCUGUAAAUUAUUAAUUGCACAUCUCGCUUUACAACCUGCUGCUGUUUCCACUGAGAGUGAAGAUGAUGAAGACGAUGAUGAGUCUAGCAAUACUUCUUCGUCUAAUUCAACUCAUUAUAGUGAUGAUGAUAGUGAUUAUGAAACAACGACAGAAAAAAUUUUUUUACAACCAUUAUCAAAUAAUGAUCCUCGAUCGAUUGAAGCUCAACAAAGAAUUGCUGUAAUUACUCCAUAUAAAGCUCAAGUUCGUCUUCUUCGAUCAUAUUUACCUCCGUACAUUGAAAUUAUGACAGUUGAUAGUUCACAAGGCAAGGAAAAAGAUAUUGUUAUAAUUUCAUGUGUGCGUAGCGGUGGUACGAUUGGAUUUUUAGAUGAUAUGCAUCGUGUUAAUGUUAUGUUAACUCGAUCGAAAAAUGCUUUGUAUGUAGUUGGGAACUUAUCUCAAUUGGCCAGUCAACAUGAUGGUUGGAAUGCUUUUUUUGAGCACGCUCGACUGAACAGAAUUAUUUGUGAUGUGAAUAUGAUCCUACCCGAUCUACCGUAUCGUCGCUAA